AUGCAGCUCGCCGGUCUGUCACACGUCUUUGCAGGUAACAGUGCCCAUGUACAGCACCUGCAUCUCGAGAGCAGGGGGCCGGUGCCCACUUUCCUUAUCGCCGCCAAGGGAUUCUAG